UUUCUAACUGGGGUGUAUAUUUUUAAUCGUUUAUUUUUUCGGAAGUAAUUUGUAACAAAAUCAGGUCUAUUCAAAACGAGUUCUCCACGUAAUACAAACAACGGAACUUUAAGUUUCGUCGGCCUGGUUUGCGGUCUUUGUUUGAUAAUAGCAUUUCAGGACACAGCAAUGGCUUGGCGCUCAAGGGGACUUAGUAAUGCCGAUCUUAUUCGUCAGCUGCAAGAGUAUGGAGUAAUUAAAAGUGAUGCUGUUGCACAAGCAAUGACGGCUACGGACAGAAAAUUCUAUGUUGCCAGCAAUUUGAACCCUUACGUCGAUUCACCCCAGCGUAUUGGACAUGGUGCCACUAUAAGUGCUCCUCACAUGCAUGCAUAUGCGCUGGAACUGUUGGAAAAUCAUUUAAAAGCAGAUAGUAAAGUUUUAGAUGUUGGAUCUGGCUCUGGCUAUCUAACGGCAUGCUUUGCUCGUUACAUUCUUCGACAUGAAAAUUCAACUGGAUUUGUAGUCGGCAUUGAACACCACCCUAAGCUUGUUGAAUUAGGCAAAAAUAAUAUCAAAGCGGAUGAUGAAACGCUCAUUGAUACCGGAAAAGUUAUUCUUAUUGAGGGAGAUGGUCGACAAGGGUGUAAAGAGCAUGCACCUUAUGAUUGCAUACAUGUUGGAGCAGCUGCCCCAGAAACACCACAGGAACUUAUCAAUCAACUGAAGCCUGGUGGACGGCUGAUAGUUCCAGUUGGACCAGAUGGUGGAACACAGUACUUGGAGCAGUACGAUAAGGAUGGAAACGGAAAAGUCUCAAAGACCCGUUUGAUGGGAGUAAUGUACGUGCCGUUAACGGAUUUACACACGUGAUGCCCUAGCAGAACGAGUCUAUUUAUAGCUGUGCGUGUGUUACUGUUGCUUACGUUGCUAUUGCUUUUUGGGUACAGUUUAAAAAAGAAAUUUUUUUAAACGUCCAGUAAGCAAAUCUUGAUUAGUUUGUUGUGUGCUUCUCACUUUAAUUAUAUUUAUUUUUCUCCUCGUCAUCUACUGCGUUAUAUAUGACAUUGCUGUAGUGAAAAGGCGUCGAAAAUUUGCACCAAAUAAAUAUUGCAA